CUUGACUAAUAUAAUGAUAGAUGUUCUAAUAAUAAUAGCUCAAUUUAAGAAAAUCUUGUGUUCACUAGAAUGAUUUAUUGUUAAGUCGUCAUUUGUUGUUAGUUGCUUUAACCAAAUCUGGAAAGAAGAGGUUUCAGUUUUAAAUAGCAAUAUACAAAUUACAAUUUAAAAAUGUUAGCUAUUUUUAAGUUGUAAUUUGUGUAGUAUUUUACAUCCUGAGUUGUUUAAUAGUAGUUCCCGUAAAACAAAAUUAACAAUAGCUCCUGAAGAUCAAUUUAGUAAAACUAUGUUUUGAUAUUUUCAGGUGGGUAGCCCUGUAGUAGAAAAGCAAGAUUUGGAUCCAGUAGCACCUUAAAGACCAACUACUGGACCCAAAUCUUGCUCAUGUUUUGAUCUAUAUUUAUUCUUUUUUUUGUGAAAGCAAAAAGUAUUUUAAGAGGGUAACAUAGCCUUUGGUACUUUCAUGUAGAGCUUGAUUUGUUUCAAGAUGUAUUUACUAUAUUUCUUUUAUUGAGUUAAAUAGAACUCUCAAGAGAAUGUAUACUUUUAAAGUCUGCUGAUGAGUAUUAUAAGACAUCUGCUUUUACCUUUCAUCUUUGCGGGAGAUGGGAAAAGUUAUAGUCCAGUAACUUUACUUAUUUGAAUGCUGGAUAGCAGAAUAACAGUCUUUCAGAACUGGAAGGUGGUUAAAUUAUUUGUCAACAAAGGGACAGUGGCAUACAAGAGUAACUGCUUGGAUUAUAAAUCCAUGCAUGAGAGAGACGGUAACAACCGAAGAUAUGUUGAAGAAUACAGAAAUGACUUCUCUGAUGUAGAUGACCACAGGCACCAUCACAGAGAUUAUGAAAAGACUUACUGCCAUCGCCAUAGCAAGUCAUCUGGUCGAAGCAGGAGAAGUAGUCAUAAAAGAAAGCAUAAGAAACAUGGUCCCAGUCAUCACUCUCAUUCGAAGAGCCACCGAAGGAAAAGAUCCAAGAAUAUAGAGGAUGAUGAGGAGGGUCACCUGAUCUGUCAAAGUGGAGACGUACUAAGAGCAAGAUAUGAAAUUGUUUCUACUUUAGGUGAAGGUGCAUUUGGAAAAGUAGUAGAAUGCAUUGAUCAUCAUAUGAGAGAGAUGCAUGUUGCAAUAAAAAUUGUGAAAAGUGUUGGUAGAUACCGAGAAGCUGCUCGUUCAGAAAUCCAGGUAUUGGAGCGUUUAAAUGCCUUGGAUCCUGACAGCACAUACCGUUGUGUACAGAUGUUGGAAUGGUUUGAUCAUCGUGGUCAUGUUUGCAUUGUGUUUGAGCUGCUGGGACUCAGUACCUAUGACUUUAUUAAAGAAAAUAGCUUUUUGCCCUUUCGUAUUGAACUUAUUAGGAAGAUGGCUUAUCAGAUUUGCCAGUCUAUAAACUUCUUGCAUCACAAUAAGUUGACUCAUACUGAUCUGAAACCUGAAAAUAUCUUAUUUGUAGAGUCUGAUUAUGUAAUAAAAUACAAUGGUAAAAUGAGGCAGGAUGAAUGCACACUGAAAAACACAGACAUUAAAGUUGUAGAUUUUGGAAGUGCAACAUACGAUAAUGAACAUCACAGCACUUUGGUGUCAACAAGACACUACAGAGCACCUGAAGUUAUAUUAGCACUAGGAUGGUCCCAGCCCUGUGAUGUCUGGAGUAUAGGGUGUAUUCUGAUUGAGUAUUACCUUGGUUUUACAGUAUUUCAGACACAUGAUAGUAAGGAACACCUGGCAAUGAUGGAGAGGAUACUAGGGCCUUUACCAGUGCACAUGAUUAAAAAAUCAAGGAAGCAGUACUUUGAUCGUGACCAGUUGGACUGGGAUGAACAUAGUUCUGCAGGUCGCUAUGUUAAAAGACGCUGUAAACCAUUAAAGGAAUUCAUGCACUGCCAUGAUAAAGAUCAUGAGACUCUUUUUGACCUCAUUCGGAGGAUGUUGGAAUAUGAUCCAGCCAACCGAAUUACCCUAGAUGAAGCCUUGGAACAUCCUUUCUUUGAUGCCCUAAAAAAUACACUCAACUGAUCUUAUCCUUCAAGGAGAUCAUAUAGACUGUGUUAGUCAGCAGGCAGUGUGAGAUUUUCAUAUAUGCAUGAGACUUUGUAAAUUCAUUUUGUACAGUUGAUUCUGUAAAUAUAUUCAUUUUGUAUUUAUGCCAUGUCUGUUGAACAGUUAUGGCCUUGAUCAUGGAUACAUUUGUUGUAAAUAUUAAAAUAUUUUUUAGAA